AUGAUAUCCAAACAUGAUCCGGUAAAGGGGUUUAUCGUGACAGUACUGUGCUGGUGCUCCUCUGCUGCAACGCUACUUACUGUCAUCGGUGUUAUAGCUGGGGAGCAUACAACAGUGGACCCUCAGGAGACCCUUCGGUAUACGCAAAACUACUUCUAUGGCACAUUUGCUGCUGGCCUCUAUAUACUGAUUGCUGUGCUGUUGGCAAUCUACACAUGCAGUGUGCGCUCGGUGCAUCUGACACAUGAGGAAAGGCGAACAGUCGAAUGUACGAGCAUCAUCCUGCGAGUGGCUGCUUUCUCUGUCUUUUUGCUUGCGGGGGGUGCUGUAUACGCGACUAUUGAAGGUUGGACUUUUAUGGAUGCAUUUUAUUGGGCCGACUACACCCUUCUGACAAUCGGCAUUGGAAAUAUCGCCCCGAAGACUCACCUUGGACGAAGCUUGUUGUUUCCAUACGCCUCUGCGGGCAUCCUGAAUACAGGUCUAGUCAUCACCUCAAUAACGUCAUUUACAGAGAAUAUUCGAGCACUAAGCACCAGAUUCAAGAUUGAGGAAGUGCACUGCGGCAUGCAAGGGCGCCGAUCUGUCCACGAGUGCUCCGGCAACAGUCAUUGUGACAGGGAGAAGCAAGCACGGGAAACGCCAGCUGAAUCUCGGUAUCCGAGCAAGGUUGACCUUAUGAAGUUGCAACGCAUCAAGCGUGACUUCUAUAGAAGGCAUCGAUGGACGUCUUUGAUCCUGUCUGGGAUCGCAUUGUUCUUCCUCUGGCUAGUCAGUGCUGUUGUCUUUCGCCGCUCGGAGAGAAGCCAAAGGUGGACUUAUUUUCAAGCCCUCUAUUUCACAUACACCUCUCUGACAACCAUCGGCUAUGGAGAUCUGUAUCCCACCAGCAACUUUGGAAAAGCAUUUUUCGUGUUCUGGUCCCUUCUGGCUAUCCCCGUGUUGACUACUCUCGUCGCUGCCAUGGGGCAGUUGGGGUUUGAGAAGAUGACUUAUUUGUUGCGCUCUCUUUGGAAGCUUGAAGCUUCGAGGCUGGGUAGGAGGGACACUGAUGCUCAGAGCGAGGAAGGGAGAAAUAAAUCACUCCCAGGCCCAGACCUGGCUAUUGAUAGCAACAGUCAUGCCCCAAGUCUCACAGAAGCCGGACAACCAUACAACAAUGUACCGGGCAGUUCCGCAUAUGAAAAGAGCGAUGGUGGUGCACGACUCGUCCAAGCGGCUCAGCGCUCCCUUUUGCUCGGCGUGGAACUUGGCAAACUCAUAUCUGCACUUCAAGAUUCGGCUACUACCCAGCUUGAUCUGGAGAGUGAGUGGGACAGGAUCCUUGCACUGCUCCAUCCUGAAAACGAUGGGUGUCGCUUGUCGGAAACCACUUCUCUUACAACCCUAUACAGCCGUAGAGGAACUGUGCUGGAGUUUCUGGACUCCGACAGACCGGCUACAGACAUCAACAAAGAAAUUCUGUGGAUGCUGAAGUUCUUGACGGAGAAGGUGUGUUCAAAUUUACAGAAGGGCUUGCAGAGAGAGCAAAACCGCCUUGGUGUUGGGUGCUAG